AUGAGAGCUGCCCUCUCUGAAUUGAAACAGGACAUUUCUGAUAAUGGAGACUACACUGCUUCUUUGGAAGAUAGAGUGGAUGAUAUUUCAGAUAAAAUACCCAAUCUCCAAUCAACCAUAAACUCGCAACAAGAACAGAUCCAAAAGCUGGAGGAUUCUUUGGAAGACCUUGAGAAUAGGUCCAUUAGAAUCUGUAACCUCCCUGAAUCCUACACCAACCUGUCAGAAACACUUAAAAAGCUCUUUCAGCAGAUACUGCCAGAGAUGGAUUCAUCAUUAUUUCUCAUGGAUAGAGAGCACGGGGCAUUAGCCAAACCGCCUGCCCCAUCAGCCACAAGAGAUGUGAUAACCAAACUUCACUAUUUCCACGUCAAGGAUCAAAUCAUGCAGGCAGUGCGUAAAUUGCCUAAAGUUACCUUUGAAGGGCAUACCCUACAAUUAUUCACGGAACUCUCACCAACUACUCUCAGGAGAAGAAGAGAUCUUAAACCUGUUGUUUCAGUUUUGAUCAAGGCUCAAAUUAAAUGCAGGUGGGGUUUCCCAUUUAAGCUUAUCUUCAUGCAUGAAAGAACAUCCUACUUCUGCUCAUCCCUUUCUGAGGGGCAGGCAAUCCUAGAAAAAUUACAACUGGAAAAAACUUCCGUGGAGGCUUCUUCCCCAAAACCUCAGCGUAAAGCAAUAGCAAGGGACUGGACACCAGUGAUCUUAUCUCCAAUUUCUCCUUCAUCUACAAUGCUUCUCGUCCUGGUACUAAUACUUGUUCCAUCAACUAUCUUUGCUACGUCUUCCUCCCCAAAUGCAUCUACUUGUGGACCUGUAAAUGAGCAGAAUGGGGAGUGUGUAGAUGGAGUCCUACUGCCUGCUUGGCUCCCUCACCCUCCUUCUACUGGAGAUAGGGCGGCCCGUGCCAUUGUCUAUUUUGUGGCCAUGGUCUACAUGUUCUUGGGCAUGUCCAUCAUUGCUGAUCGAUUUAUGGCAUCUAUAGAGGUCAUCACCUCACAAGAACGCAAGAUAACUUUUCGCAGGCCGAAUGGAGAAGUGACAGUGACCAGCGUUCGCCUCUGGAAUGAGACCGUAUCAAACCUAACCUUGAUGGCAUUGGGUUCCUCAGCGCCUGAAAUCUUACUCUCCAUUAUUGAGGUUGUUGGAAGAGGUUUUGAAGCUGGAGAUAUGGGGCCAAGUACUAUUGUGGGUUCUGCUGCUUUCAACAUGUUUGUGAUUAUCGGCCUCUGUGUCUCAGUUGUACCAGAUGGAGAAACUAGACGUAUCCGUCAUCCUCGUGUUUUUGCAGUUACUGCGUUUUGGAGUGUUUUUGCCUAUGUUUGGCUUUUCCUUAUCCUUUCCUGGUCCACUCCUGGAGAAGUUGAGAUUUGGGAAGCCCUUCUCACCUUUUUCUUUUUUCCAGUGUGUGUUUUGCAGGCCUGGAUAGCAGACAGACGUCUUUUGUUUUACCGCUAUGCAGGACGCGGACGGGAGGGCAGAGCAAAAUAUAGGGCUGGAAAGAGCCGUGGAGUUCUGGUGGGUGCUGAGGACACAGGGGGGCAGGAGGAGGCAGGAGAUGUAAGGAUGGCUGGUGGGACAGGUUGCACAGAUGUUGAAGAGGAGGAGGAGGAAGAACGAAGAGAUAUGGCCAGGGUUUUUAAGGACAUGCGCCAACGUUACCCAGGUAAAGACAUGGAGCAAUUAAUGGAACUGGCAAAUUAUCAGGCACUUGUACAACAACAGAAAAGUAGGGCAUUUUAUAGAAUACAGGCUACCAGAAUGAUGAUUGGUGCAGGCAAUGUGCUGAAGAAACAUGCAGCUGACCAGGCCAGGAGAGCUUUGACUGAUGGUGGGACCAGAGAGGGUGAAGGGGGUGGGAGAGGGGAGGAUGGCGAAGGUUGGACUGAGGUGGAGUUUGAGCACACACACUACCAAUGUUUUGAGAACUGUGGCACUGUUAGUGUGUGGGUGGUUUGCCGAAGAUCGAACGGUGAAGGUGCUGUACAGGUGGAUUACAGAACAGAGGAUGGCACAGCAAAUGCAGGCUCAGAUUAUGAAUUGGCUGAAGGCACUCUUAUCUUCCAAGCAGGAGAGGGCAAAAAGGAAUUGCGAUUGGGCAUAAUUGAUGAUGAUGUGUUUGAGGAAGAUGAGCAUUUCUACGUGCAGCUGAGCAACCCACGACGAGCAAGAGGGGUGAGGGAGGGGCAGGGCAGAGUGAGACUAGGGGCUGGAAAAAGGGCUACAGUGACAAUAUUUGAUGAUGACCAUGCUGGCAUCUUCAGUUUUGAGGCAGGCAGCAUGAGAGUAAGUGAGAGUGUGGGCACAAUGAGGGCAAAAGUGGUGAGAGGCUCUGGUGCACGGGGAAAGGUUGUAAUACCUUACAAGACCAGUGAGGGCACCGCCAAGGCCGGAGAGGACUACCUGGAGUUUGCUGGAAAGGUGGAAUUCCAGAACGACGAGACCAUGAGAUUCAUUGAAAUACAAAUUAUCGAUGACGAAGAAUAUGAAAAGAACAAGAAUUUCUAUAUUGAGCUUGAAGAGCCUGAAAUGCAAAGAGGAGGAGAUUCUGUUGAAAAAUGGGUGGUGCCUAACAAGGGAGGCCCAGAAAUCGCAGGGAGUCCAAGCUUGGGGGAACAUCGCAAGAUGGAAGUCAUAAUAGAGGAGUCGUAUGAGUUUAAGAAUACUGUGGACAAGCUGAUUAAGAAAGCCAAUCUGGCUUUAGUGGUCGGUAGCAGCAGCUGGAGAGAACAAUUUGUGAGCGCGGUCACUGUAAGUGCAGGAGAUGAUGAUGAUGAGGAAAGCAGUGAGGAAGGGCUACCCAGCUGCUGUGACUACAUCAUGCAUUUCCUCACCGUCUUCUGGAAGGUACUAUUCGCUUUUGUGCCUCCCACUGAAUACUGGGGUGGCUGGGCUUGCUUCCUGGUGUCUAUCUGCAUAAUUGGGAUCCUCACGGCUGUCACAGGGGACCUGGCUGCUCACUUUGGCUGCACCGUGGGGCUCAAGGACUCAGUCACAGCUGUUGUCUUUGUGGCAUUGGGGACAUCUGUGCCAGACACGUUUGCAAGUAAGGUUGCAGCGAUACAGGAUCCUCACGCAGAUGCCUCCAUUGGUAAUGUGACAGGAAGCAAUGCUGUGAAUGUUUUCCUGGGCUUAGGUGUGGCCUGGAGCAUUGCUGCCAUAUACUGGGCUGGGAAGGGUAAGCGAUUUUAUGUAGAGCCUGGCAGCCUGGCAUUCUCUGUGACUCUCUUCACAGGACUCUCCUUAGUCUGCCUCUGCAUUCUCUUGUACCGUCGCCGGCCAUCAAUUGGGGGAGAACUUGGUGGUCCCCGGGUCCCCAAAAUACUUACUUCUCUGCUCUUUGUCGGACUCUGGCUGGUAUAUAUCUUGCUAGCCUCUUUGGAAGCUUAUUGCCACAUUCCAGGAUUUUAA